AUGGUUGAAAAAAGUGGAAAUACUCACCAGCCCUCGCCCUGGGAAAGCGUUGCGUCGGGGACUGCAGCGGCUAUUCUGGCGAAUGUCCUUGUCUAUCCACUAGAUAUUGUGAAAACACGAUUACAAGUACAGGUGCAACAGAAACAAGACGACAAUGACGAAGAGAAGGCCGAUGACGCUGGUCCAAAACAAUAUGCCAACGCCAUCGAAGCAAUCCGCCAAAUAAUCCAAGAAGAAGGCAUUUCCGGCCUGUACAACGGCCUAGGAAGUUCAGUGUUAGGAACUGCCUCGAUGAACUUUGCCUACUUUUUCUGGUCCGCGACUGCGCGCGACGCAUACCAAUCCGUCCUUCGAUCGUACAAUCAGACAGACAGUAACAGUAUCACCAAAGAACUGGGACUAGGCGCUGUCGGUGGCGCAUUGGCUCAGCUCUGCACGAAUCCCAUCUCCGUCGUGAUUACACGACAGCAGACUCGUCACGCGAAUGACGAGAAGAAAAGUAUUUGGGAGACUAUCGUCGAGAUUGUUCAGAGCGAAGACGGCUGGACGGGGUUGUGGAGGGGGUUUAAGGUUAAUCUGAUUCUUGUGAUUAAUCCGAUGAUUACAUAUGGAUCUUAUCAAUGGCUGCGGGGGAAGUUGUUCACGAAGAAGAAUAUCAGUUCGAAAGACGCAUUCAUCCUCGGCGCUCUCUCCAAAGUAAUGGCCACAAUAGCCACCCACCCACUAAUCGUAGCAAAGACAAUGCUCCAAUCCAAACCACCGGAAUGCCGACAGGGAAAGCCGUUUCGAAGUUUCACCGAAGUUCUUCAUUACAUUUUCAAAAACGAAGGCCUGUUGAGGUUAUACAAAGGCCUACUACCCCAGAUCAGCAAGGGAUUCUUGGUGCAGGGAUUGAUGAUGGCCUUGAAGGAGAGGUAUGUGAUCUGCAUGAAUACGAGGCGCUUGCUAAUCGUGGUGUCUAGGACCGAGAUGCUUAUUUUCGUUGUGUUGGCUAUGCAUCGACGGAGGAUACGUUUGCUGGGUUGA